GUUAUGUUUUUGGGGUGUCGUCAGCUAGAGCUAGUGUCACUUCCUCAGUGUUUUUUUGAUUUAGUAGGCUACAAUAAUAAAUCGACCAGUGCUUUAAAUAUCUAAAACCAAGAAGUAAUCGUUAAGAUGGCAAAGGAAACGUCUGGACUUUUAAUGAAUGUUAUUGGGACACUCUCAUCCCUAUCUUCAAAUGAGCAACGUGACCGAGAGAAGGCGAAAUUAGAACGUGAAUUUAAACUUAGCGACCAGAGAUUGGAGAAACUCGUUGCCACACACCACAGAGACUUGGCAAAUGUGAUGCAGAUCUACAGUAAAGUUUCUGUUAGCAUCAAUGACGCUAGAACUCGGAUAGCUAUGGUAAAAGGACAAUUGGCUGCUUGUAGAGGACUGUUACAUUGCAGAAGAGAUGAACUUAAGAAGCUGUGGCUCGAAGGUGUGGAGCAUAAGCAGGUUCUUUUAAUGCUGAAUCAAAUCGAAAAGUUAAAGGAAAUUCCUGAUAAAAUCAACGAGAAUAUAGCAAAGAAGAAUUACAUAGCAGCUGCCCAGCUUAUUGUUGAAGCCCACGAGAACUUACAAGGCCCGCUUCAGAAUGUUGAAGCUUUGAAAGAUGUCCGUAGUGAUCUUGCUACAAAGCAAGAGCGUUUCUAUAAGAUAUUGUUGGAAGAUUUGAGUCACUAUAUCUACGUGAAAUCGUCAAAUGAUGUACUGCAGUGGAAACGUGCUGCCAAUGCCCAACCAGCUUUCCAAAGAGCAUCUAGUGGCCGUAAUUCCUCUGGUAGGGCUUCUGGAAACAUGAUGACAAAGAGCGACGCUCCAAAAGUGAAAUCUCUUAUGCUAGAAAUUGUCGGCAGUAGUCAAAGCUCUCAAGAUGAAAGCAGUAACCAAUGCAUUUCAAAUAUAAUCCAGUGCCUCGCUCUAGUGAAUAAAUUACCCGAAACCUUAGAGAGCUUGAAAAGUGGCAUGGGAACGGAAAUGACGGCGAUCACAAGAAAAACCGCCCAGCAAGUCAGCGAAAUUCACCCUUCCAGCAACAAAAACGUUUUGAAAGAACUCUUUGAGGCCGUAAUGGAGCAAAUGAGAAGGAUAGUGAAGGCGCAUGCAGUCGUCCUUGAUAGUGUAAAAGGUUUACUGAAGGACCAGCAGUACAAUAAUGAUGUUGUUAUGUACACAAAAGAAGAUGUAUGGUCCCAAGUACAAACUGUGAUUCAGGUACUUUUGUCACAGUAUUGGGAUAUUGGUAGUACAGCGUCGAAGAGUAGCAAUUCGGGUGGUAGUUUCUCUUCGAAUUCCCAGUUGGCAGCCGCGGAUUUAAACGCCUAUUUUUCUAGGAGAAGGCAACCCAGGGCGCAGAAAACGACGCUUUUCAGGUUUGAAGGAUCCCUGCACUCCAUCAGCUUGAACGAUUCGAACAGCGAUCACUGCAAGCAAGACUCACAUGGACUUGAUGGUUCCGAUCGGGUUUUGAUUGUCGAGCCCAACGCACGUCUGGUGAUUGAAAUAUACCAACCACUGAUGGCCUUUGUUCAAGAAAUUGAAACUGCUCUGGGAUGUAGCUCACAAGGAACACAUUGCGCGCUUCAUGUAUUUAUCACCGUAUUUACACGUGACGUCUUCCUAAGUCAAAUUCACAUUGAAAUGGGCACCGCUCUAGAUGAAGCUACGCGAAAGCUAGAUAUGUGGAAGUCCGUGAACCCUACUGAAUCGAUACAGAAUACUAAGGCCACUCGUCCUUUGCUUCAGAGCACUGUACAAGUCUAUCGUUGUCUAAUGGAGAUUCGCCAAUUGAUGGAAGCGCUUCCACAAUUCGCUCAACAUUUUCUAGGAAUGACAUGCAACAUGCUACUCCGAUACAGUGAAACAUGUCAAGCAGCCUACAGAGGUUUAGUUCAACCGGACUCCGAGGACAAACGUGUGAUCAGUGCUACAUGGGCGAAAGAUGAAGACAUCCAUCGAUUUUUAAGGUCUCUUCCGAGUUGGACGGCUUUGCAAACUGUUCGAGCCCAUCGUAACUCUGGGGCUACUGAUGGUGAGACUUAUGAAGACAGUCCAGAGGAAAUCAAGCAGCGAAGUGCGAAAGAAACGGAGAUCCUGACGGGUAAUCUUGGCGACGCCAUCAUUCCUCCGCAUGAGAUUCUUGCCGACCCAGCGCAGAUGAGAAUAUUGGCUCUGCUCCAAGAAUCUUUGGAGUGGUUUGCUGCUCAUAUUCAAGAAUUAGCGAAUGUCAUAACCCGCUCUGGGGCUUCCGAAUCUCUCCUAGCUUUGCCGGAAUCAAACGUCCAGACGUUGCUGGAACUAGCAAAAGAUUUUGAAGACCUAGCCGACACCUGCCUUUUAGUGUUGCACUUGGAAGUGCGUGUUCAUUGCUUUUACCAUUUGGUGCCGCUUGGAAGACAAGCGCAAUUUUGGCUAAAUGGCGAUAAUCAGGAGCCUGACCCUGAAAUUGGUCGACUCAGUCGUGAUUUGACAGCCAUCGACGAAUCUUUGUCGGCAUUUAUUCAACCGCGCAAACAUCGCUACAUUUUCGAGGGAGUUAGCCACCUGGUUUCCAGCAUCAUUAUGUCUUCAGUCCAACAUAUCCGUCGGAUGAACGAAAAUGGCGUUAAGAAAAUGUGCCGCAAUAUUUUUGCGCUGCAACAAACGUUGACUAGCAUCACUUUGGCCCGCGAACCAGCAUUAGACCACGCUCGACAAUAUUUCGAACUGCUUUGCACCACCCCAGAAGAAAUUUUGAACGGUAUUCUCGAACGGGGAUCUCAGUACACGGAAUUGGAAUACAUCCAGGUGCUUCAUCUGUUGAACAAAAGUCGUCCAGGUACGGCUUCAAACGAAAUAACUCGUCAUCUUGAGCGCCUUUCAGAAAUUCUAGGAGAAUUAGGCGUUACUGUUUAAGUUUGUUUGUUUAAUUAAAUCUCGUGACGCUUGCAUGUUCAAACCGACAGGCGUCACGCUAUAAACAUGUUCACUCUUCUCUAUGGUUUCACUCAAGAAGUUGAAUUAAUUUUUUUUUCUCGUAUUCUCAUGGGUAAUCACCAUAUAUACAUACAUAUAUUACAUUUCCUGUUUUGAAACCCUACACGAUCAACUGGAUACACUGUGUAUAUCCCACUAAUUAUCAAUACCUUAAGUCGGCAAGUCGCUGUAUUAAUUUACGUCUCUUAUUUGUUUCGUAGAAAUUUCAGCUGUGGGUGGCAGCCACCCGGUGGCUAUCAAAGAAAGUGCGUUGAUCUCGUAUACAUUCAGCACAACGUUCGUGCCAUAAAACAAGUCGGGAAAUUCCGCCAACACUACGAUACGUGCCAACAUUUUUAAAUAAUGAGAGUUUUGCGGUUGUUUUAGUGUUGACAAUCGAAUAGCUCAAAGGGAACCUUGGUCACAUUGAGCUCUCUAAACAAGUGAUUAAGCCUUACAGGCGUGUAAGAGAAAGCAUAUCGAUCGGGUGUGAUCUCCUUAUCUGGGUAAAUCCUAGCCUGAUGAGCUGUGGACGUGAAGAGACGACGCUUUCUGUGGUUCAUCUCCGCUAAUAAGAGGAUCAAUUCUGGUAGAAGAGAAGCCGCAACUUGCUGUUGGAUUGAAGUAAAAAAUUGAAACGACAAGGAGGUUAGUGGCACAAACCAUGAGCGAUUGUAUCCGGGAAAUUCCGAAAUUCACUCGUCAAAGAGUUUUGGGGUGCAGAAAAGGCGGAACCUUAUUCUCCGUGAAUAUAAGUAACAGCGAGGAUCAUAUUUGCAUCAGUGCUGUUUCCGAGCCCGACUUCGCUUCACUACAUAUUCUAAUAUCUUUGUUUUUUUCAGCUUAAUAAGUUCAGCUGUCGAAUCUUCGGGUCGCUAAACAACAUGGCUAAACCCGAAAUUUCCAAGUUUCUGGCGCCAAUUUUGCUGAUUGCGUUGGCCUUCGCAAUCAUUGAAUCGGAUAUCUGCGUGUCGGCCGAAAGUAAUCUCAUGGGGGUGUAUGUUGAUGUGGCUGGUGACAGUUUGGAUGGCAUCGAAGAACGAUUUGAUUUUUCUCACGGAAAAGGAAAGGGGCACAUUGGUAGACGGCGCCCGGGAAAACUGCGUAAUAAACAUAAACAUAAACAUACCAAAUCCAGUUAUGGAGUCCCUAAAUCACAAUACGAGGCGUCCAAACCUUACUACCCACCAUCUAAGGCACAAAGCAAACCUCAUGCCAAAUAUCCUCCGAAGACCCAGUACAGUUUAGGUCCAGUUUAUAGUUACGUAGCUCCAGCUUACAAUACUCCAACCUACAGUCUACCUGUAUACAGCCAAUCUGCACACCUUCGUGCUUCAGCCUUGCGUCCGCAACCUUCACGUCCUCAAUCUCCACGUCGCCCUCAGGCUUCAGUUGUCCAUCGUCCGUCCCACCUUGCACCCCCUCAAUAUAAGAAUUCACCUCCAGUACAUCCCCAAUCAGCACUUCCAACGCGACCUAAAACUUCAUCCACGACACGCCCUAAGACGCCACCUCCGACACCACCCAAAAUUUCACCUGCGACAAGUCCCAAAACUUCACACCCGACCCGUCCUAAAACUUCACCUCCGACAAGUCCCAAAACUUCACCCCGCCCAUCUUCUCAUCGUCCCACAUAUCCUACAACUUCACUUUCCACAACAACCAGUCCUUCAACUACUACCAGUACCCGAGUUUAUAGUUCUCCGGCUCCUGUUAGUAGUACUACAGCUACUGCAACCUCUAGUCCGAUAGAUACCAGCACUUCUGCGUACAAUUCUUCCACUUCCGAUUCUUCCACUUCCAGUGCUCCGGAAUCUAGCUCUCCAAAGACCGAAUCCAGCCAACCGAAGAAAAAAUAUGCUCCACCCAAAAAAGAGAUGAUUAUUCCGCUUAAGUUAAAGAAUGAAGUCCCAAUCAAGCCAGCUUACACCCCAAAAAGCUCACCAAAGGGGAAUUCCACAUCUCCCGUAUCGAUAUCAAAGGAUAACGAAGGAUUUUUUAGUAGCCCGUCCGAAGGCUUUCCAAAUUUUUUCAAACAAUUAUUGCAAGGUUAACAAUAAGAGUUUAGAGCUGGUUUUGGUAACAAAAUAUUUAAGUUUGACGUGUUUUUGUUUUUAUUUAAGAACUUAAAUUAAUAAGACCGUAAACUAGUCUUGUACUCUUUUCUCAAUUGUAUACUUUUAUCGCUGCAUGGUAUUCUUUGAAUAUUUAUUUCCCAAAUCGUUUGUUACGUUUCCUUUUUUGCUCUUUUUGUUUCAGUAGGUGGAAAGGGGUUGGCAGAUUUUUGACAAUUCCAAGCUGAGUCGCGCGCUGAUUUUAUAAAAGUGAAAGAGAAAAGAAUUUGGCAUUAUAUUUAACUCGGCAAAAAGUGUCGCGGUUGCGACAUUUCUUCAACAGUUGCCAACCUCUCAGUUAUAAUGUUGAUUUAUUUUGUGACCGGCAAUAAAAGGUUCAGAAAUA